AUGCCCGCACGACGACAUCGGCACAACAGACACGACCUGAGCUUUGACAUUCACAUUGAUUCCUCCGCUCCAAAAGAGCACAUGAUGGAGCACGGCGAGCUUGUCGACCCUCUCGAGGCCGUAAGCUCCUCCGUCGCGGAGACUGCUCCAAAGGACCCGAUGAAAAACAAAAAGGGCCGUCCGUCUUUGGCCCUCGAGGACGAGAGCCAGCACGAUUCUGCUCUCGCGGCGUCGGGGAAUGUUCCGGCCAUCGAGGUGCAGGCUGCCACGAUCAUGGACCAAGACAUUGCUCCAUCGACGCAAGCAACCGAGGAUGAGCCUCGAGCUUCCUUUCAGAGCCAGCCGGAGCCUGCGAGGGUCGAGAAUACGCACGGAGCUCGUGAGCACGCUCGCUCGGCUGCAUGCGUCAUACCCCGGCCUGCAGCAGUCGAAGACGACGACGACGAAAAUGGGCCGUCGUUUGUUGCGAGCAAGCCUUCCGAAGCGUGCCAAGUGAACAGUCACGAGGCACACUACGAAGCCGGGAUGCCGAAUGUCGCCACCAAGGACGCCGAGCACGAGGCCUCAGAUGAGCAGCCUGCCGAAGCCGGGAUGCCGCAUGUUGCCGCCGAGGACGCCGAGCACGAGGCCUCGGAUGAGCAGGCUGAGUGGAUGGGGAAAUCUCACGACGACUUCUCUGCCAUGGACGAACCAUCGACGCAGCCACUCGAUCUAAGCCUCCUCGAUGAUGCCGCUGAUUCCGUGACGGAGCAUGAUUUCACAUCCGUCACCGAGGACGACGGCUACCUCACGGACGGCCAGGUGAGCAUGGACGACUCCGUCCUCGGCAGGGCAUCGGUCAUGUCCUCGGCCUCGCCAAACAGUCACCGUCGGACCUCGCGCCGCACCGAGGCACUCAUCGAGGCCGCCGCCCGUGACAUUGUGGAGCAUAUUCAGGUCAAACGCGGAUUCGUACGGAGCUCCAUCGAGUCCGACGCCGAGGCUGCCGGUGGUGACGCUCGUCGCGGCCGAGACUGGUCGGUGACGAGCCGCAGCCUCGCCUCCCGCGACAGCACCCAAACCGUGCCGACGGACGAGGGGGGAGAUAGCAGCUCCCACCACGAAGCCGACGACGACGUGUUCAGCGACAAGAGUCCCCGCUCCUCGAUGGGAUCCAUGGACGAGGCCGAGCAGGCCAAGAUUGAGCAGACGCUCUUCCAGCGAAACAUCACGCAGCGCGCGAGGACGCCGAGAAUGUCCGACAUUCCUUGCGCCGACGGUCACGGCGAUUUCAUCUCGACGAGACGGGGCACGCCGCGGAUGCCGUUCCGCUCCCCCUCGUCCGUCAUGGCUCUGCAGAUGUCGUCGCCGACCGUCUCGGCCUUGGGCACGCCGCGGUCGAGUCGGAGGACGCCCCUGCCGACGGUGUCUCGCCUCGGCUCCCCGAGCGUCUCGGCCCAGUACUCGCCCAAGAGGACGCCUCCGCGGUUCAGGAGGGCGACGCCGCCCCUCGUCCUCCUGCACGUCACGCUGCUGCCCCUGCGCUGGAGCUGGGCCGCCGUCCUCGACGCCGCCCAGCCGAGCCAUCUGAGCGCCGAAGCCAAGAGCCUGCAGGAGGCGUGGCGCCAGCUCCAGGACCGCACGGGCGACACCGUGUCGGACCGCGGCAUCCUGCUGCCGCACCCGCAAAACGACUACGAGGUCCUCGAGGAGCGACUGCUCGAGGCCCUGGAGCUGCCCCUGCGGAGACGCGCACGCAUCCUCGAAUGCGGCCACUACCUCGGUCCCGCCAACGACAUGUUCCCGCACGACGAGGCCGACGGCGACGGCGAGCACGACGACGGCCUGUCCUCUCGGCGCGCGAGCCUCGACGCCCUGCACUGGUGCGGCACCUGUCGUUCCGACAUCAGGUACGACUCGCUCGGCCGCGGCAAGGUCUUCCGCGUCAAGGUCUACGCCAGCAACGGCCUCAUGAGGGCGGGCGCCUGGGAAGCCUGCUGGAAGGAGAUGGAGCGCGUCGACGUCGAGAUCGAGCCCGUCGUGGAUGCGAAGCUGCAGGAUGAGCUGUCGUACUUGGCAUCCGAGCAGGAGCGCGAACUGCAGAUGCGGGAGGCCAUGGACGAGGAACCCUUUGACGAGGACGACGACGAGGAGAGGGAGGACGGCGAUGAGGAGAGGGAGGACGACGACGACGAGGGCAGGGCGCGCAGCCACGAGUGGCGACGAGAGUCAGUCGCAGAAUUUCAGCACGGGGACGAGCAGCGGAUGCGAGAGUUGUACGGACACUCGCCUCCAUCGCCGUCGAGGUUUGCCUCGGCACCGUCGGCGUCGGCGGCGCCGGAAUGCACGGUGCGGGCCGCCGCUCCGUCGCCGAGCCGAGUCGACAAGAGCGCCAGCCUCCCGCAGCUGCUGGUGGAGGCGGCGAGGGUUAUGAUGCAGGACAAGAAGAACGUCAUGAUUGGCCUGCUGAGCUUGCUCGUCCUGCUGCUUGCCCUUCGGGGAGCCGGACCACGGCGUGGGCCGUUGCCGUACGAGACGACGGCGACGGCCCCGGAGCGAGCGGUCGUCGUCGCCAUGCCGGAAGCCGUCUUCGGGGAGCGCAUGAUCAAGGCGGAGGCCGUGGCGGGCGCUAACAGCGCGUCCCCGACGACGGCGGCGUCGGAGGCGUGCGAACCAUGCCUCCCGUCGCCGUCGGGCACCGUCGUCGCGGCAGCCGUCGACGGCGCGGCCACGGAGACGGUGACGGAGACGGUCCUGGCCACGGUCAAGGAGACCAUGUUGGAGACGGCGUAG